AGAAAAGGUUUAGUAGCCCGCACAAAUGCCUAAUGAAAUUAAAUAUCUGCAAUAUGUGUUUUUGCCAAGAUACAUAUCCUAAAUGGAAUUGUAAUAUUGUAUUUGAUUGUAUUUUUCACUUUUUUUCAAUAUUUCAAAAUUUGCAAAAAAGUAUCACUAUUUUACAAUUAUCGUUCACACGACCGUGGUUUGUGAGAUCUCGCGAUGCUUUAUUGCUAUGGCUUACCAGGAAGGGGAGUCUCUUGAAUCCUGGCUCAAUAAAGCCACCCAUCCAACUAACAGACAAGAAGACUGGGAGUACAUUAUAGGUUUCUGUGAUCAAGUUAACAAAGAACUGGAAGGUCCCCAAAUUGCAAUACCACUCCUGGUCCACAAAAUUCAUUCACCACAAGAAUGGGAAGCUCUUCAGGCGCUGACAGUGUUAGAGGCAUGCAUGAAGAACUGCGGAAGGAGGUUUCAUAAUGAAGUCGGGAAAUACCGAUUUUUAAAUGAACUGAUAAAAGUCGUAUCUCCAAAGUACAUGGGCGACACUGCGCCCGAGAAAGUGAAGAUGAAGAUCGUAGAAAUGCUGUAUAGCUGGACUGUUGCAUUCCCCCAUGAGGCCAAGAUAAAUGAAGCUUACCAGACACUGAGAAGACAAGGACUGGUGACACGGGAUCCAGAGUUACCGCUGGACCGAACUUUGAUUCCCUCUCCGCCCACGCGGCCCAAACACCCGGUGUUCGACAAUGAGGACAUGGGAAAGCUCCUUGCUGAGCUUCUUCGCAGCAAAAACCCCGAAGACCUCCAGGAGGCCAACAGGUUAAUCAAAAAUAUGGUUAAAGAGGAUGAGGUGCGAGUGCAAAAGGUGUCAAAGCGCAACAACACGCUGGAGGAGGUGAACAUCAAUGUCAAGCUCUUGUCCGAGAUGCUCUCCCAUUACGAUAAAAACGCCUCCUCAGAGUCCGACAAGGAGAUUAUUAAGGAACUCUACGAGCGCUGUGAUAAGUUGAGGCGGGCCGCUUUCAAAAUGGCCACUGAGGCUGAGGACAACGACACCAGUUUAGGUGACAUCCUGCAGGCAAGUGAUGACCUCUCCAGAGUCAUCAACUCCUACAAGACGAUAGUGGAGGGAUUGCCCAUCAACGGCGACAGCCAGGAAGAUCGUGGACACUCACACAGAAACUUGCCCGAGACGACGGACACGCUGAUUGACUUGGCUGGCGUGGACCCCCAAGUUCCUCUGGGACUCCAUCAGGCGCCCCCCCCAGUGGCCUCAGUCCCGCUUUCCGGUGACCUUUCGGACAUAUUGGGGGACUCGUGCUUCCUCACCCUGCCACCGGCUUCCCAACAAUCACCGGGCUCGCUCGCUCUCCCCAGUCAACCCUCACCCGACGAGGCCUCUGACGCACUCUCGCUUCUUGAUCAUGAACUGCUGUCCUUGGGGCUAAAUGACGACCUUCCUGUAUUGCUGAGCGACCAAUCAAAACCAAAGCUGAAUGAAGCGUCCAAUCAGUGGAGUUGCUUACAGGCCCCUGCAUCGAGUACGGAUUUGUUUGGGAGUUCCAUCUUCCCUGUUUCAGUCUCGGCUCCCGCAGAACCGGCCGUCACAUCACUCCAGAACCUUCAAGACUUGGCUCUGAUGGGCUUCCCGGAUCAGAAGAGUCAGAUGACAAUGGGAAGCAGUUUUGUGCCACCUGCGGUAGUUCCUCCCCCUGUGGCCAUGGUAAGCUCCCCCUCUCCGUAUUCAGCCACUCUCCUCCAGGGGGUCCUGCCCAGCUCUCCUGCUCUGAGUCACGCUAAGGCCCAAAGUCUGACUUCAGUCCCAGGCAGCCCGCUGUUGCACUCCCUCUCCCCGGCCCACCCUCCACUCCAGGGAAGCCCGGCCAGAGCUACACCGAUAUCCCUAAGCAAUGUACACGUUCCCCUGGAUGCCAUCAACCCAGUAAGACACAAAGAUGUUGCUAAAAUAUAUGUUCCAAGUAAAGUCCUGCCGGUCACCGCCUACGACAAGGAUGGUGUUCGGGUUCUGCUCAACUUUGCCUCAGACUCUCCCCCUGGCAGACCUGACGUGUUGGUUAUGGUGGUGUCCAUGCUUAACACAGCCCCACUCCCUGUUCACGCGGUGGUACUGCAAGCUGCCGUACCAAAGUCAAUGAAGGUGAAGCUGCAACCCCCAUCGGGAACAGAACUGGCCGCCUUUAACCCCAUCUUGCCACCAGCCUCCAUCACCCAGAUCAUGCUGCUGUCCAACCCGGCAAAGGAGAAGGUCCGCCUGCGCUACAAGCUGGGGUUCACCUUGGGAGAUGUGCUGUGCAACGAAGUCGGGGAGGUGGACCAAUUCCCACCGCCUGAGGCAUGGGGACACCUCUAACACACUUACGCCAAUGCUUAUCCAAAUACACAUUCCAAUCUGAAGACCUAUUAUCAUCGGAUUAAUACAACUGUAAUAACCCAAAGUGUUGGUUUAGUGCAACGUUUUAUUUAUAUAGUUUUUUUUUUUUCAAGUAGCCAACACUGACCCCAUAUUUAAAGGGACAUAUUACGGAAAAUCAACUUCAAUCACUUAAGUACAUACACUGUACUGUACAUUUACUGUAAUUUAAAAGUGCUAUAAGUUGAGUAUUUAAAGUUGAGUUGUUGCUGUUUGUAUUUUUUUUUGUGGCUUAUUUCUCAUGAUAGGAAAAGUUUUGGGGGAAAAAAAUGUCCUCAUGUAGAUUAUACUGUACAUUCUGUAACAUUAUGUUUGGAUGCCCAUAACUUGGGUCAAAAAUUUCCACCAUCCUCCUUCAACAUCUAAUUGAGGGGCCGACCAGUUUUAAUUUCCUUAGGCCCCUUCCAAUGUUUUGCGGAAUAAAAUUCAGAUGUUAAUCGAAUAGUAAAUUAAAAAAUAUAUACAGUACAAUAAUACAAUAGAUUCAUGUUCGGUCCCUUAAUGCUAACAACAAUCGACACAUUGGAACCUCAUCUUACUAACAACCCGGUUUAUGUACAAUUUAGUUAUGUCCAAAGGUUUCGUAGCAAAAUGACCACAAAUUACAUAUUAUUUUGAGUCCACGAAGGGUCUUGAUAUUUACGAACAACAGGAUCUAUGUUGUACUUCUACUCGAUCAUUGAUGCCGUGCAUACCACAUUACUGUAAGCUGAAAACUAGUUCAAGCUAGAUGUGACCAGCAGCGACACAUUCUUUAUAAAUAAACAGGGAAGUCUGUGCAAUAGCGUCUGAAAAAACAAAGGGCUAAAUAGUGACAAUUUAGAAUAUAGUAGCUCCCUAGAGGAACCACUCUAUGAGCGGAAAGAUGCGUGCUGUGCUGAUUCAUGCAUUGUGCAGCCGUCAUUGCAACUAAAAAGGUAAGCACUGUAUCUUUGUUGUCUUUUGCUUUUAUUGGACUGACAAAAUGAGGACGUGCUUGCCGAGCAUAGCAUGAGCGAAGCAUUUAAAAAAAAAAAAAAAUCAAAUGAAAAAGCGUGCAGAAAAUUGGCCAACAUAGCAAUUUAUUUUGAAAUGAUAAUGUGACAUCCUACUUUCAGAACUUUUUUUUUUUGGGGCGGGGAACUUUGCCUGAAUCAGAUUGUUGUACUUUAACAAGAAUUUCCCCACUAUUGUAGAUUCUUCUUGAUUUGAAGAGCUGGAAGUUCUCCUCACCUUGCACCUCCUAAAUUAAAAUUAAUGACCAAUAAAUUUAAGAUUAUUUAGUGUUUUCUAUAAAAUACUGGGUUUUCACGUAUUUCUGUAUUGCACACAUUUUAACCAUACACUGAUUAAAAAAAAAGUAUCACAAUUUUGGGGCUUAGAACAGAUUACUCGAGUUACCCUUCAUUUCAAUAGAAAACUUGAGUAAAGCAAGUUUCGGAUUACAAACGGUCGCCGAAAGAGUUAAGUUCGAAACCAGAGGUUGUACUCUAUAUCAAUUACAGGUAGAACGUUUGACUCUUUUACAAUACUUUGUACUUUUGCGUUUACUUAACUUUACAACAGCCUUUUUUUUGUGUGUAUUAAAAAUAUUUCAGCCCUUGUGUAAAAGCCCAAUAUUGAACAAUUCAAUCAUCUGGCCAAUUUAUUGGUCAGGGGCUAAUUUAAAACACCACCAUGUCACCAAUGUUGAGUGCAACUGACUCUGUGACUCCUUUCUCGCCAGACUGAUGAAAAUUUUUUUCUGUGGGAAUUAAACUUGCUCGAUGGAGUUGCAGCAGUAUUUUGAAAGUCAUUAAUUGUAACACCCAAAUGGCUAAUUUGGCAUCUCCUCAGUAAACCAACUCCUCUAUGGUUGCAGCCAUGUUGUUACUCAAGCUGUGGGUGUCAACAUUGAUCCAUUUUAAACUACAGAAACCACCUUGGCAAAUAAAUUAGAAUUAAUCUAUUAAAAAAAAUGAUGAUAGCAGGGAUGUAUUUCCUGUUCUGACUGCAGGUAGGGAGUCUUCAGAGUCCAAAAGUUACUAGAUUUGUUGCUUGUGAUUUCUGGAAAUGGUUGCUAUCGGGUGUGAAUACAGUUCAGCCGUGUACCCCCCGCUAUUUGCCAGGGGUGCUGGACUGCAGGUGGCGAAAAAGCUGCGCAUAACUUAUAAUUUCGCUUAAAAAUUAAAAAAAAAAAAUCAAACACCCCAAAUUCUUGAUUAAGCAGCGAUAAACUGCCAAUUCGUGUUUAAGAAUAGUGAGAAUCUCCGUUGUCAACCUGUGCUGAGCAGCAGUGACUUAUUUGCGUGAAUUUCAGCAUGACUUACAAAUAGUGUGUAAAAUGUCUUAAUUCUUGAUCCUGGGGUAUUUUAAAAAAGCAUGGCACCAACAACAAUGCGUAAUAUCAACAUGGUCUUUUCCACUUGAUGACUACAAUCUAGGACGAAUUACAUCAUAACGUAAAAAUAAAUGGGUACAUUUACAGAUUUUAAACUAGAAAGUGAAUCAAUUAAAUGUGACUGAUUUUGCGAAUGUUAGCAUUUUAUUUAUUUAUUGACAGUUUACACAAAAUGUCACCGUUUUAGAAAAUAUUUUUUGCUUAAAAAAUACUUUGCGAUGACAGGUAUAAUUUAUAAUGAAGUGAGUGUCCAACAAAUUUUAUUUUAUUUGUUGUUGGUUUCAAGGUCGUCAGAGUUUGGAUUAUCAUUUGUGUUCAACCUAUUUCGAUACUGGGGAGUACAGUACAGUGAAACCCUGCAUAUGCGCAGUUUAACAUUUUGCUUUCCCAUCUUGGGUCCAAGGAACUACAGUUGAAACCAUGGUUUCAUAAACUGUGUGCAGUUAUUAGGCAGGUCUCAUUUUUCAGCAUUAUUUGUAUUCAUUACGAACCACAGUGCUUUCGGUUCAUCCAAAAUGUUGAUAUACCAAUCACACCAAAAAUAUUUCAUUUUGUUAAAUGGCACAAUAAUGAUAGAAUUCCUUAUGAUAAUUUAACAUUUUCUUUGAGGUCUAAAGUUGGGAUACAUUUCGAGUAGCAUUUCCUUUGAACUGCAUGACUUUGGUGGACCGUUUUGAGUAACCUUCCACACGCUUCUGGCAGUUCUCUGCUGGAAUCAUGGGCUAUUCCUCUUGACAGAACUGGUGUAACUGAGCCAAGGCCAUUUUGUACUCCCAUGGUCGACCCCGGCUUUUCCUCACGUAACCUACGCAUUGCCCGGUGCAGCACAUUUGCAUAGCUUGUGCGUAGCCGGCCGUGCACACGUAAAAAAAAAAAAAAAAAAAAAAAGAAAAAUCCUCCGCAGGAAAGCCACAGAGGUCAUCUGAGCGUUUGGCCUGUUUUAUCACAUGCUAUGACAACGUACGUAAUGUUCCACAUACCAACUACUCGCCGAUUUCUCAAUUGACCCCUCCGUACAGGGCACUUAACCACGCCUCCUGAAGUGACGUCACACCACGUGCACUCACGUAAGACAAACAGGAAAAAUGGCAAAUACAAUACAAUACAUUCUUAACUGAGAGAGACGCCAUGCUUCUGAUUUCAUUCAAUCGUUCACACGUCGCGGUGUUAUGCUAGCGGAGAACGUCUCAUUCAUUUAUACGAGACGUGUAUUAAAAAUCUAAUUUAGGGCAUAUCUUCGUGCAAACACAGUCUGGUUAAGCUUCGGUAGCGAGCCAGCAAGAAAUCCAUACGUUUGUGCAGUCCGAUCAUCGCUAAAUAUCGCUCAACAAAGACUAAGUGUGUCAAUCGUUCACACGUGGUGGUGUUAUGCUAGCAGAGAACGUCUCAUUCAUUUAUACGAGACGUGUAUUAAAAAUCAAAUUUAGGGCAUAUCUUCGUGCAAACAGUGUGGUUAAGCUUCGGUCGCGAGCCAGCAAGAAAUCAAUACGUUUAUGCAGUCCGAUCAUCGCUAAAUAUCGCUCAACAAAGAAUAAGUGUGUCAAUCGUUCACACGCAGCAGUGUUAUGCUAGCGAAGAACUUCGAAUUCAUUUAUACGAGACAUGUAUUGAAAAUCAAAUAUAGGGCAUACCUUCGUGCAAACAUAUGUGUUCCGGUUGAUAUUAGAUGGAUUUUGUUGAUGAUGCAGUCUUCCACAAAGUUUGAUCCAUCGAAGGCAUUUUUCGUACUGGGUCUUCGGUUUUGGAAAGGGUACGAAUCGAACUCCACCAACUAGCCUUUCAGGAUACCUGUCGUCACUAUUACAAAGUCCGUGACUACACCUCUUAACCAUAUUUUUUGUUAAAAAUCCCAAAUACGCGAUAAAACGCUAACUCAACCUAUACUGGACCAUGCAAUGUUGUCUGAGAAAAUGGCGGGAGCAAAAACGGGCUUUGGUUUAUGCAGAUUUCUGGCCUCUGAUUGGUCAGUGACGCGGAUUGCGCAAUAUCCACGGAGGGGUCAAUUGAUUUUUGCAGCGUAAUUUCAUGUAUCAUCUGGUCAUUUAGGUUCAUUUGUUCAAGCAGACACUCUUCCACGGUAACCAUUGUUGUUGCUUCAUUCCUUGUUGCAGAAAGUAAAAACGACAACCGGAAAUUACCAAAACUUGCUGAGGAAACUACACUGUCAUCCUAGCUCCUAGUACCUCUGACUUGAACUGCAGCGCAUUUUCAAAACUGGUUGCGGGUUGUGCUCGAGUACAAAGGCAAACUACGCAAGGGUUAGCUGCAGUGACGUUGGCGUGGUCGCCACAUGCAAGAGUACAAACAAGCUUUCAGGUUUGUCGUUUGCUCGCCCACGCCUUUUCAGAUCUGCCCACAAAUUUUCAAUGGGACUCAGAUCAGGACUUUGUGAUAGCCACUCCGUGACAUUUACUUAUUUAUCAAGCCACUUUGGAAUCAUUUCGGCAGUAUGCUUUGGGUCACAGUCCUUUUGGAAGACCCAUUUGCACCCAAGCUUUAGCUUCCUGGCUGAUGUCUUGAGAUGUUGCCUUAAUAUCGCCAUGUAAUGUUCUUUCUUCACGAUGCCAUAUUUUGUGAAGAACUCCAGUUCUUGCUACAGUAAAAGAGCCCAAUGCUGCCAGCUCCAUGCUUCACAGCUUGUAUGGUGUUCUCGGGUCAACAAGGUUCCCUUUUCCUCUAGAUGAAAGGUUAUUAUGGCCAAACAGCUCCAGUUUUGUUUCAUUAGACCACAGGAGGUGUCUCCAAAAGUUGAGAGCUACCUCUUGGUGUCUACUUGCAAACUGUAAUCUGGCUUUAUGUUUCUAUAGGAGUAAUGGCUUCAUUCUCGGUGAGUGGCCUUUCACGCCUUGUCGGUGCACGACUCGUUUCACGGUGAUAUUUUAAUGAAGUCUUUAGCUUUUGUUCUGGUCUUGAUUCGCACAUUUGGGACCAAAACACGUUCAUCUCUAGCACACAUACACAGUUCCCUUCCUGAACAGUGUGAAGGCUGGACAUUCCCAUGAUGUUUAUACUUCCGUCGAAUAUUUUGAACAGAUGAAGGUAGCACCUUCAAGCAUUUGGAAAUUGCACCCAAGGAUGAGUCAAACGUGGAGCUCCACAUAACUUUCAUUUCCUGGCUGAUUUCUUUUGAUUUUCCCUUGAUUUCAAACAAAGAAGCAGAGUGUUUGAGGUGUGGCUUUUAAUACAUCCCCAGAUGAGCCGUCAGUUUACACGCAUGAUAUCAGUUAACCUAUCAGGAGGUUCUAAACCCAUGACCACACCAUCUGGGCUUCCCCAUGUUCUUUAAAAACAAAAUUAUGUGUAUGUAACCUUUUGACCCAAAAGAACCCUUCUCUAAGAAAUGAUUUCAUUGUUGUGGAAUUUAGCAAAAUUGAAUAAUUUGGCAAAUCCUGACUGACCUGAAAGAGGAGCGGUUUAAUUUGAUUUGACUUCAGACAGAUAAAAAAUGAAAUUUGUUUUUGCAGUGUAUGUAAACUUCGGCAUUAAUGCAUAAUUAACUUCAUUAAUGCCCCCACACUUAGGUCACUUAUAGUAUUAGUCAAAACAAUUUUGGAAAGCCCAUAUGUCGUGUCCUUGAAAGCUAUGAUUAACAUUUGUGUUAGAGAAACCCUUGUGGAGGUAUUUGAGGGGCAACAAACUACUACCUUUGUGUAGCAUCAUGGGAACGUAAGAAAAAAACAAAAAGCUAUCAGGAAGAGAGACUUGUGGACUUGCACAAGUCAAUGAGGAUAAACAAAGUCAAUUUUUUGUUCUGGUUCAAAGUUCUGAUCUCAGUCCUGUUUAAAAUAAUUUUCAGACGUAAACAAGAAUCUGCACACAAGGCACUCUACAAAUCGACUCCAACACCAGUUCUGUCAAGAGGAAUGCGUCAAAAUAUAUGCCAAUAAUUGUGAGAAGAAUGUAGAAGGUUAUACAACAGUUUUGCCGAAGUCAUACAGUUUAAAGGCAAUGAAACCAAAUACAGUUCUUCAAAAUAAUAGCAGUCCAGUGUGACUAACCAGAUUAAUCCACAUUUUCUGUGUAUUGCAAUUGCACAGCCUUAAGAGUGUGUAUAUCAUGAAUUCUGGGUCUUUUCUGAGAAUCUACUGUACCUACUGGUAAACUCUUUGGCAUGUUGCAACAAGGAGACUAGAAACAUGGAUUAAUCUGUUAGUCCCAUUGGACCGCUAUUAUUUUGAACACUACUGUACUAAUAAAAUAUAAAAGACUUGUAACAAAAAAAAAAAAAAAAAAAUCACUUUCAUUCUGGCAUUUAGCAAAUAAGAAUAAUUUGGGGAACCCUUAUUAAUUUAAAACCAGAAAAGUUUAGUGUAUCUUGUCAGUGGGUUGGGGGGGUAUCUUUUAAUAUUGUAUAUGUUGAAGGGAGUUGAUGAUCUUAAUAUCAACAAAAGCUGUGCUUUGCUCCAAUCAAGUGGCAUGUACACUACAAGCAAUUCUAAUUCUUUUUGAGGGGCAUCACUUUCAGAUUUUCUGCUAAUAGCAGGGGUUCACUGUACUUGUGUGUGUUAUAUUGGCAGUUAUCACUGAACCUUGACAAUGUGAAAUAAAGUAUGUGGACAUUUAAAAUGUUAUAGUCCAAU